CCGCCAGCCGGAAGCGCCUGCAACCCGAGGUGGAGGGUCUUCCGGCGGGACCGCGAGGCAACCGGCUCGCCAUGGCGGCCUCCUUGGCCGGGAAGAAGAUCGUGUUUGUCACGGGGAACGCCAAGAAGCUGGAGGAGGUCAUUCAGAUUCUAGGAGACAAGUUUCCAUGUACUUUGGUGGCACGGAAAAUUGACUUGCCCGAAUACCAGGGAGAGCCUGAUGAAAUUUCCAUACAGAAGUGUCGAGAGGCAGCUCGCCAGGUGCAGGGGCCUGUACUGGUUGAGGACACCUGUCUGUGCUUCAAUGCCCUUGGGGGCCUCCCUGGCCCCUACAUAAAGUGGUUUCUGGAGAAGUUAAAGCCUGAAGGUCUCCACCAGCUCCUGGCCGGGUUCGAGGACAAGUCGGCCUAUGCACUCUGCACAUUUGCGUUCAGCACUGGGGAUUCGAGCGAGCCGGUGCGCCUGUUCAGGGGCCGGACCUCGGGCCGGAUUGUGGCACCACGAGGCUGCCGAGACUUUGGCUGGGACCCCUGCUUUCAGCCUGAUGGAUAUGAGCAAACGUAUGCAGAGAUGCCCAAAGCUGAGAAGAAUGCCAUCUCCCAUCGCUUCCGUGCCCUGCGUGAGCUGCAGGAAUACUUUGGCGGCCUGACUUCUGGGGCCAGUGAUGAGCAUGCUCACCGAGGGUCUGGGGAGGGCUAACCUGAAGCCUCCCUCAGGCAGGCACCUCCCUCCGAGUAUGUCCCUCAGGGUUUCCGGUACCACUUCCUGGGGGUGAGAUUUGAUAGACCCACCAGACCAGCCUCACCAGUCUGGAGGAGCAGGUGGCUGUCUGGAGAUACUUUGGGCAAGGGACACCAUUCUCUGGCUCUUGGGGAAUCCAGUGGUCUCUCCUACAGCUUCCGGGCCUUGGCUCCUGAAAGGACCUCGGGUGUUAAAGGGGUCUUGGCAGGAUCGAGGGUUUGGGGAAGGACCAUACAACGUCAGUGUUUUUAAAAUGCGGCAAAUAAAGAUUCUGGAAGAUA